AAACAAAAAAGGGGAAAUCUGGUAGGUAUGCUCCAUACCUCAAGAGCAGCUUAACAAAGCAACCUAUGUUUUAAAUUUUUUGAAUCUUUCCACUAGGGAUGACCUAAUGGCACAUCAAAGGCACCUAGGUCAGACAACUGAUGGAGAAGGAGUUCACCCAGAAGCUACAUACAAAGAUGUACACAGCGGUCAGUGGAAAGGUCCAGUUCCACUGUUAGCUUGGGGGAGAGGUUAUGGGUGUGUUUCUUUGCCCACAGGACCAUAUUGGCUUCUGGUGAGAUACAUCAAAUGCAGCUAAGGAUGACAACAGUGAAUCUUGCUGUCCUUCUACUGCUAUACUGCCAUCAAGUGGUGGAAGGAAGAAUCUACUGGGCACACAUUCUUGAGCCACCACUGUUUUGCCCUCUGAACUGGUGGGAUCCAGAACCUCCCCUCAUCAACAAUGGAAUGAAAUGGGUAGGAGGAACUUGGCUUCCUCCCCUAGAUCAGGAUGUUGUAAAUACACGUGUUACCAAUGCUUCUUAUGUUACUGAUUUACUGCCUACAUGCUUAAUGUGGAAUCAAACAAACACCUUUUUCUCCUUACCUUGUGCUAAUUUUUCUAUGCAAUUACAUUUAAUAUAUGUAUCCUCGGGAAUGGUAAAAACUUUGACUGCUAUUACAUUGCUGACCAUUCUGUCUACCUCCAACAAUUCUGUAGAUGCCACUACACCUCAUUUUCCCAAAUGUUGUUUUACAUCCAUUUCCAAUUUACGACAUUUGGAAUGGACAUCAUGUAUAGGACAACAACUACAACAACAAUUCUUACAGUAUGGGAGAGUAAUUGACUGGGGACUACAUGGUGUCCUUAGAGAAAAGGGGACAAAUAUAACCAUCCUCCCGUUCCAAAAGGCAAACUGCAGUAUUGUUUGGCAUGAUGGUGGAAUGGCCAGAUCAUUGAUUCAGUAUUAUCUAGAUAGUAAUCAAUCACGUGUUCAAAAGCAUUUCUGGAAGAUGUUGUUACCUGCUUUUGGUAAUACGGUAUAUCAGGUGAACUUGGUUAAGAACCGUACCAUCAGAAAUUUGACAUUGCCAAAGAAACAAUCACUAAUGACUUGUACUUCACACCUGUAUGUUUUUGCUUUAGCUAAUGAUCUUUCAAUUGAAUAUAGGAAUGGUUUGUAUUUUUUAUCUGCUAAUUCUUUUGUCUUUAAAUCAUGUGUAACCAAUGAAAAGACGAAUAAUUUUUCUGUUCUUCCCUUUAAAAGAAAACUGGAAAUUUGGGUACCUGUAAAUCUGACUCGGACUUGGGAAGGACAAGAUGGUCUUUCACAAUUGGCUCAACUAUUCCAAGAGGAAAUCCAAAAGAGUUGAAUGGGUUGAACAGGAACAAGACACCAUUUCUACUAGAAUGUGAAGAAAUUCAAACAGAAUGGUCUUCAUGGUCUACUGGCCUGUGACUCUGGAAACAAUAAUAGAAGAUAUCAAGAGGACAGAUUUAUUGUAGAACUGUGAUUAAACUUUUAGCCUGUAGCUAA